AUGCAGAACCUAUCGUUGCAUCUGGACGUGCUCCUGUUGGACGGCGUGCCCGUGUCCCCUGGCUCCGCCCCCCUCGCCUUCGCCCUUCUUCUUCUGGUGUACGUGUUCAUCAUAGUGUCCAACCUGGGCCUGGUGCUGCUCAUCUGGAUAGACCGCCGUCUGCACACGCCCAUGUACCUGCUCUUCUGUAACCUGGCCGUCACCGACGUGCUCGCUAACGUCAAUGUGGUGCCGCGCGUUCUGCUGGACACGUUGAGACCGCCGGCCGAGCGCCUCAUCUCGUACCCCGAGUGCGUGGCGCAGGCGUUCUGGGCCCACCUGCUGGCGACGGGCAUGAGGACAGUGCUGAUGGUAAUGGCGUUUGACCGUUAUGUGGCAGUGUGUUUGCCCCUGCGUUACAGCGCCAUCAUGAGCCCGAGGAUGUUAGUGAAGCUGCUGGUGGCGGCGUGGAGCGCUGCGCUCGUCCUGGUGUCUGUGCUCAUCGGGCUCACUGUGCGUCUGAACCGCUGCCGCCUGCUGGUGGUGGGGCUGCAGUGCAGUAAUGCUGCGCUUUUCGGGCUGUCGUGCGAGAGCGUGUUUGUGAAUAACGUCUACGGUUUGACCUUCACCACGAUGUUGUACCUGUCGUCGGCGGGCUCCCUGGUGUUAACCUACGGCAGCAUCAUAGCGGUCAGCGUGCGGCGCGAUCGCACUCUGAACCUUAAGGCCCUGCGUACCUGUCUGUCACACCUCCUCGUCUACUUCUUGUCGCUCUUCAGCGGUUUGACCGUGAUCCUGUUCACGCGUUUCCCAAAACUCAGACAGGAGCGGCACCUCGCCAGCGUCCUCUACACCGUCCUCCCCGGCUGCUUCAACCCGCUCAUCUACGGCCUGCAGUCACAAGAGAUACGGAACUAUGUGCGUGCAGUGUUCCGGGGGAGCGUGUUCCGGGGGAGCAUCAUGUUUCGGGGGAGCGUGUUUCAGAGGGCGUGCACUAAGAGGAAGUGA